GGACGCACUCCCGGUCAUUCAUUUCAUUCAUUCAGCAAGGAAAGAAGUUUCACUGCACACAAUGUCUUUCCACCCCGUGUUUCGCUUUGAGCCCUCGUCCUCUGAGCUCACCCUUCGGCCCUCUGCAGCCGCUGAAAUUUUUGUCAAGCAGGGCUCUGCCAGUGGCGGGCAGGUGAAGAGGGCCGAUGUGGUUCGAGCCGAGGCGAGGGCAAGAGCCUGGGCGAAACACGGGGACCUCAGCGAGCAAGCGGUGCUGGCCGAAAGUGAGCUCCAGAUCGGCCAGCACCGCGGCCAAACCUUCCAGUGGCUGCUGAGCAACAACGUGGGGUUCGCCGUCAAGAUCUUGGCGUCCCACCAGAAGGAGAGAGAGGGAGGGGACACCACAACUACGCCCCAGAUGCUCAACAAGGACGCCCUUGCCUCCUACGCCGGGUUGUACCCACCCAUGGUGACGGCCGUCGCCAGGCGUAGGUUGUGCGAGGGCUCCUUGUCUGCAGGGGCGGGGCUGGGCGACACGCUGGUGGGGUUUGGUGCGCACAGCCAUCGCACCUUAAAGUCCCUGUAUGACGCGCGGGACCAAGAGAGUCGAACCUACGUGGCAUGGAUACGCAAGCAGAAGGUGGGAGCUCGGUCCAGGAUGGAGGCCCUGAAAAUGUAUGUGCUGGCUCGGGACAAGGAGCCCAAGACCGCACCUGAGCCAGCACAUGUCCUCCCACCACCAGGCGCCUCCUCCUCGGACCCGAGCGACACUGAACUGCUUGCUGCCGCCUUCGAGGUCGACUCUCUCCCUCCCCGCACGUACAGGGACGCCCCACCAGCCGCCCCACCAGCCGUGGUCCCCUCUUCCUCUCUCUCCUCCUCUCAGCAGCCACUGGAAGGACCAGGAGUGGUGGCUCUUCAGCAGACUGCCUCCGGCAAAGAGCUGCUUCCCCUCAGCUGGAGGCAGACGCUGCCUGAAGAGCAGCAGGAGUGGGUGGGCCGGGCGCUGUUCCGGAGGGCAGCCGAUGGGAAGGUUGCCCUCACGACACAGCUGAAGCUGUGGUGGUAUCCACCAGGCGCCCGGCCCCUCUACACGCAGCCCCCCGCCACAGCCCACGCCUUCUUCCAGCGCCCAUUCUUUCUGUGGAUGCCCUACAGGAUGUGGGCAUACCACCUGACGUGCCCUGCCUGUGGGCGCAAACUAAUGGGCGCUGGACUAUACAGGACCGUCCGGAGGGUCCUGGACAGGAGUGGGUGGUACCACAUGGGUACAGAGUACCUUCAGUGCCCCUCCUGUCACAAGAAGGUCGCGGGCUGGUCGCAGGACAUCUUGGAGCAGCUGGACAUCGCGCAUCGCGAACAAUUUCCAGCUGUUCUGACGUACAAGUUGUCCUGCGACAGAGCGGUGAUUGGGCUGCUAAAGGAGCGCACCUUGGGCAACGGUGUGGCUCGCCUCCGCGCCUCCCUGGUGGAGCAGCACACCAGGGAGUGGAUGGCGCGGUCGAUCCAAUAUCUUUCCGUGCUCCGCAAGCUGAGGGCACCUGGAGCGGCACCACAGGAGGUGUCGCUCCCGGACAUCAUCAAGGUGCCCGGACUCACCUGGCUCGGCGGGGUCUACGUCCGUGAAGCCAUGACCAGGCUGGACGAGACCAGGGCCAGAGUGACGUCCAUUUUUGGCGAUCUUCUUAAGAUGGACUCCACGAAGAAGAUCGCCAAUAAGCUUGCGGGCGGUGCCGCUGGCUCGGCCGCCUGGGUAACCAAUGUUGGCAACGAGUACGGGCAGGUACUCGUGUCCGUCCUCACUGCAGCCGAGGGGGACGGACUGACCAACAUGGCGGCCGGCCUGAUGGAGCGGUACCGCAAAGCCGGAAAGGCCCCUCCAAAGGUCAUGUACGUUGACCGGGACUGCUGUGUCACCGUGGGAACAUCGGCAGUGCACAAGAUGUACCACGAGUGGCACGAGCUGGUGGUCAGGCUUGACGUGUGGCACCUCAUGCGACGCUUCGCGAGGGGUGUCACCACAGACAGCCACCAGCUCUAUGGCCUCUUCAUGGCGAGGCUAUCCUUCGCCAUUUUCGAGUGGGACGACGAGGACGUCGCCCGCUUGAGAGAGGCCAAGCAGUCCGUGGAGGGGCGGGACGCCCACAUCAAACUGUCAGCCAAGGAGCUCGCUCGCCAUUGUCGCCGCCGUACGAGGGGUGCGGCGGAGACAGAGCGGCUCCUCCGGGAGGUGCUGGACACUUUCUCGGGGCUGACGGACACCAUGGGCGUCCCAUUGAUCGACCGCGCCCGCAUGGAGGAGAUCUGGAGCACGCAGCGCCGCCACCUCGACUGCAUCCAGGACCCAGAGGGGGUGGAGCUGUACACCAAGACGGGUGAGGUCACCAAGGGUGGUGUGAGGCUCCCCGUCUUCAGGUGUGCACGAGGCUCCACUUCCCUGGAGUCCUUCCACCUGCACCAGUGCCGCUUCAUACCAGGUACAACUGCAAGUGAUGUCCACUUUCAGGUGUACCUGCUGGAGGGCCUGGUGCGGUGGAACGAGGACCGCGGCAGAGCGGCAGUCGAGGGAGGACAACGUGCGGCGCUGCGUUGCUACAGUGCCCAACUGCAGCACAGCUUCAACCAGCUGGCCCAGGAGUUCAAGGGGGUCACGCUGGUUGAAUCCUACACGGAGCCCAGGGAGUACACAGGGGAACUCUUAGGGGUGGAGUACCUGUACUCCCAGACAAACGCUGUGCUGCAGGAUCUGGGGGAUCCCGACGCUCCGGAUGGGACAGACGAGGCCGAGGAGGAGGACGGCACUGACACUGAUGAGGGCUUCCAGGAAGAGGAGGAGGAGGAGGAGCCAGAGGAGAUCAGUCUCCUCGCCUACCACAGCGCUCUCCUCCAGGAGCCCCACAGAGUCGGAGAGGCCUCGUCAUCCCAGUCGGGACCCCCCCACCCACCCCACCCACCCCCCGGCGACGACAGGAUGGAGGUGCAGCCGGUUGAGGAGGAGGAGGAAGACGUCGUUGGGCCAGACGGUCACCUCGGCUACCAUCACGUGGUGGCCCUGGCCCAUGCCCUCGUGGAGCUGCGUCACCACGCCUUCGUCACACAGCGUCAAUCCAGAGAGGUGGUCGCUCUCUGGGACAAGCUGGCGGACCGUGACAAGGCGUCGGUGACCUUCCCCCCCCGCCACCAGGACAAGCUGGUCAAAGGCCGCUUUAAGACCAGCAACAGGCACGCUCACACGCCAGGGGUGGACAGUGUGAAGCGUGUCGUCCUGGGUCAGGGGGCGGGAGCGGCACAGUCUCCUAAAGCCAGCAGGCUUGUCGAAGCCAUCAUGCUGGAGCUGUGCCGCGUACACAGCCACGAGGGCACGACGCUCGCCGGGGUCCGCAUCAACCGCUGGGGUGCCGUCAUGAGGGACUAUAAGCAGAUCCAGGACAACGUGGUCAACUGUCCUGCCCUCAUGGCGAGCACCCGGAUCCAGUUGUUUGAUGUAAAUCAGCGGACCCUGUCGAUGUGGCACAACCAGAGGAGCAAGGCGAUGAUGCGGGACACCAUCGCCAUCGCAGUCCCAGGGCCCAGCGCUCCCCAGACUGCAGCGGAGCCCCUGCCUGCCCCACGGACUCUGCUGCAGCAGCCCCAACAGCCAGACCAGCCCCUCCAGCACCGCCUGCCCGCGGACGCCUCUGGUCUGGCUGCCACCAUCCGGGGGCCGCUGGCCCCUGAGCUGUAUGACAUCAUCGCCGCCCUCCAAAGUGCCACAUCCUCCUCCUCCUCAGCCAUGGACACCACCCCGUCCGCCAUGGACACCACCCCGUCCACCAGUGACACGCAGGCUCCCUCGUCCAGCAUCGCCGCAGCCACUGCUCCAGCCGCCGCUCCAGCAAUCGCCAUCGCUGGAGCCAUCCCCCGCUCUACUGCCUGGAGGCACAAGGUCCAGGCAGAGCAGGAGCGUCGUGCCCGGGAGGAAGGGCUCUUCCUCAAGCCCUUCAAAAAGGUCUCCCGAUUUCAGUGCAGGCGCUGUGGCCAGCCGAAGACCCGGGAGUACGGCCACAGCCGCUACAAACGGGAGACCUUUUGCGCCCGGGCCGACGGGGGGAACAGUGGAGCAGUGGCUCCAAGAACUAAAGCGGCGAGAGCGCGAGGGGCCACUCCCACCACCCUGACAUGUUUAUAG